AUGGCAAUAAGAAGCACUUGGAGUCUUCAUAGGGAUAUUGGCUUAGUGCUCACUUGUGUUGAAUCGGAAUCCUACAUGCAUGGCCUGAAGUUCAUAGCGCUGCGUCUUUGUCCAUUCGUAACCGAAUUGAUGCUCUGGUGCCGAUUUUUGACUCUGAUCAUGUGCUCCGCUAUAAUAAAUCUUUCGGAACGAGGACUUGCGACACUGGAUUAUUCAUACGAAACUGCUACUGCAAUAAUCCUGGAUAAAAAUGACAUUCGUGACAUAAAUACGAUUUCCUUCAUGACAAACGUUCAGCAGCUUUCAAUUGCAAAUAAUUUGUUAAAAGACAUGUAUGGGUUGGAAAAUUUUACUCAUAUAACAAUUCUUAAUCUCGCAUACAAUGAAAUAUCAAGAAUAGAGCACCUGGGUUCACUUACUCAUCUCACGUGGUUGAAUUUAUGUGGAAAUCGUAUCAAAAAAAUUGCGAAACUUUCCCACAAUCUUGCUUUGAAACAUCUGGAUUUAUCAGAGAAUGAGAUUGAACGGCUAGGUGAUUUGUCGAAUUUAUUGAAACUGAAGACGCUACUUCUUCAUUGCAAUCGCAUCGCAAGCUUGAAAAGGGCUGAGAAAUUUCUCCCGCACUCGUUGUGUAUACUGUCACUAGCUGAGAAUGAUAUCCCCACUUUAACGGAGUUUAAGUCUCUCGUUCACUGCGGUUCGCUUCUCCAGCUAUCAAUACAGGGCAACUUGUGUGCAUUUAAUCAGUAUCCUUUUGUGUGGUCAUUUCUGGUUAUAAUUAACCUCGUUGGUUUCAAUUACCACAUCAAGCAGAGCCACGAUUCUGCAGACAGAGCGACGCCACGCGACGUGUCGGCUGUUCCCGAGGAGCUGUGUUCAAACGCAGCUCCACUGCAACAAAUGGCACCACUCUGCCUACUCCUCGUAGCAGCACGCCUCCAAGAUGGCUGCAACGGGCUCGCAGUGCUCAGAACAUUACGUCGACUGCCGCUGUCGCCGCCUCUACGUGCUUGGCUGACUCGAUCCACAGUUCUAGGCGCCCCACACAUCCUUCGCUCCGACUCAAUUUUUGUCCCAAUCGAUAGCGAUGUAGAAUUAGAGGAGGCGGAGGCAGAAGUGACGGUGCAGUCGCCGAAAAACGUCGCACGAAUAGUUUCUGUUGACCUGCCUGUGGACUGUCACUUGCACAGCGAAUCUGGACCGACACGGAAACCUUCUUCGGUAUCUGACGUAGAAAUGAAGGGGAGUAGUAGCAUGCUUCCUAAUCAUCGUCUGCGGUUUUCGCGCGGCGCCCUCGCCUCCCUUCUUCACCACCGACCUUGUAUCACCGAGGGACCUGCUAUCAAUAUGAUGUCAGAAAAGGCUGAUCAUCGAUCCAACGAGGGGGCUUCAGAGACCUGUAGUCCUCUAUCCGAGCACACUUUUGUCGUUGAUCCACCGUUUGAGUCAACUAGAUCGCCUGAAGGUCUAGAAGCAAAGAUCCUGGCGUUACGCCGUCAGUUGGAGGAGCUUCGGGUGUUAUCAGCCAAUCAGGAGCGUGAACGACUUCGACAGGCUGGUGCUAUUCGUCGUCUUGCUGAGGAAGUGCGUAGCUUGAAGGCGUGGAAGGCCUCCGUCCUGCAGCGUCAAGAAGCCUACCAUCCCGCCGCUGGUGACAGCAUACAUCAUAAAUUUCAAUCAGUGGCGGAUCCCGAUUCGGCACCUCAGAGGGUCUGGAGUGUGCACACAUCUUCUGCCUCACCUUCGCUCUCCACUUUAGUGGCCAUCAACACCUCCUCCACCACCAAUGCCACUGCGAAUGUCAGUGCAUUAACAGUGUGUGAUGUGGAGGGACAGGAAAGCGAAGAAGACGAGGAGGAAGAGGAGAGUCCUACCGACGACUCAGAUGAUGGCGGUGAUGAGGUUGAAGAUUUUCCAGAGCCGAGGGCCUCAUCUUCGGACAUGAACGGCACUCUCUUAACAGCCAACAUCUCCACUGACAGUCUUGACACGCGUCGCUCGCGCACCUCCACCCCAAUGGGUUUUGGCACCUUGUCUACAUACCUGGGAAAUAACUGUCAACUGGCCUCUGAGUCUAUCCUUCUUCCAACCGAUGCCAAUUCAUCCACUUAA